ACCUCCAGUUAUAACCGACAUGAUUGAAUUUAAUCUAUUCAAACAUUACGCUACCAAGACCAUUGCACAGUAACACAGCAAGGUGUAUUUAAAGCCUUGCAGUAUCCCAAGAGCAAAGCGGACAUAUGUUAAAUAAAUCUGCCUGAGAUGGAUUGUCGAAUUUUUGUUGUUCUUGCUGUGUGCGCCACUACGCUGACACUUGGCUGUGUAGAAAACGUGUGUCCCCAGAACAAAAACUCAUGCACUGACCUAACUGUUCUCAAAACUGCCGACGUUAGCGAAUACGCUCCCUAUUUUAAUCAGAGCUCCAUCUUAUGUGACCAAUCGGUGUGGUUAAAAGUUGACCCAUGUUGCCCAAGGUCCAGGUACUACGACUGUGGUCAAGCGAGGCUGUCCUGCCUGCCCCUAUUCUGGUACAGAAACUACGUCUGCCAAGCGGUCAAGCCCACCAAAUUAACCUACGUCAAGUGCACAUGUGACUCCUGUAUCCCCAACUGCACCAACAACGGAUGGUGCUACCACAGCGCAGGCAAGUGUACCCAGGCAUGUGGGGUCAGCACCACCGUGUAUUUCAACUGCCUGGUCUUUGGGAACGGCCGGCCUUAUUUUAUCUCUAUCUCGGAACGUUUUUGUCUCCCGACCAGAUGUUUCUGUAAGGUGUAGAACCAGAUUGGUCAAUGUCUAAUUAAUGACGUCAUUACACUCGGCACAGAAAGAUCUUUUCAACUCUCUUGAAUAAAAAUUUCGUUUCGUUUAAAA